UGGCUACAGGCCACGCCGCCAAGCGGGCCGCGCGUGCGCGAGGUGGAGGCGCGCCCCUGGCGGCCGUUAAAAAUGGCGACUGUCAGCGACCUGAAGGCUGUUUUAAAGGAUACCUUGGAAAAAAGGGGAGUCUUAGGGCAUUUAAAAGCGAGAAUUCGAGCCGAAGUUUUCAAUGCCCUAGAUGAUGAAAAUGAACCCCGACCAACAUUGUCUCAUGAAAACCUUCUUAUUAAUGAAUUAAUUCGGGAGUAUUUGGAAUUCAACAAAUAUAAGUAUACAGCGUCUGUCCUCAUAGCAGAAUCUGGUCAACCUGUAGUUCCAUUGGACAGGCAAUUUCUCAUCCGUGAACUGAACGCAUUUGAAGAAUCAAAGGAUAAUACAAUACCUCUUUUAUAUGGGAUUUUAGCUCACUUCUUGCAUGGAAUUAAGGAUGGCAUCCAAAAUACAUUUCUGAAAGGAUCUUCACUUCAGCCUCCACAUCCAAAUGUUGGUAGACAACCUAGUGGAAGAAAGCAAAUGGUGCCAGAGACAUCAGAGACUCAAGUUCCAGUCAAUGAAGCUUUGGGUGCCUAUUCUGUGGAAAGCUCUGUGGAAGAUUCAGAAAUGAGGAUGAUUGCUGAACCAAUAGAAGAACAGUGAUUUUGUGAAUUCUUUUUCUUGAUCACCAAAAAUUUUCUUGGCCUCUUUGUGCAAUGACUUAUGAAUUGUUAGCCAAAAACUGCAUUAUGUUCUAGUAAUAUAUUUAAGCAUUCCAUUUCCUUUUUCAACUCUAGCUUACUGUUUGAAGGACACAUAAGUUUUAUUUCACAACAUUGACAAGGUUAUGAAGAUGUUAAAAUAAUUAUUCUUCAGAUAACAGUACCUUAUCUCUACAUAAGCUCAUCCAGCUGAAAUGUAAAACAGUAAACUUAAAUUCUCUUUUAUUUGAAAACAAGCCCAAAGCAUGCCAACAUGAAAGCACUUCUUUUUUCAAAGUGCUGAAAAAAAUGAAGAGAGUGUAUAUAGACACAUUUACCUUUGAAAUAGUAGCCACUUCAUCUAUGCUGCUGCUAUCAGUGUUUGUUGUAUUAGAGGCAAAGUAGUUUUUGCUAUAGAUAAAAGACCAGAUACUUUAUAAUAUACAAAAUAAUUAUUAGCUCAACUUUAUGCACACAUGUGAAGAAGUACGUCAAUAACAUACUUCAUUUUUUAAUAAUGCUUUUCUAGAAAACCUAAAAUGGUUGUCCUAAAGAUACUGUUAAUUUUCUUUUGUCCAGUAAAGCUGCCUAAAAUUGAGGGAGAUUGUUUUUCAUGUGUGAACCAGACCUGUAGUAGUAAUUACAUUAUUUCUGAGGCUGACCAGCUCUGAAUUAAUAAUACUAUGUGUAUAAUCAAAUUGUCUUCAGAAUUAGAAAAUCCAGUAUGUGUUUUUGGUGCUAAAAUUACAUGUUUCUAACAACUUGUCUAAAUUUGUAUUUUUCUCAUGUUAUAAAAAAUAUUAAAAACGGUUAUUUUUUCAGUUGUAUUAAGUGGUUCACAUUUUCUUAGGAAUUAAGUUUGUGCAUUUCAUUGUUGUCACAUUAGAUACUAAGUUUCUUCAGGUUCUUUUAAUCUAGAACACUUCUGCCUCUUUCCUUUUCCCCCACAUGACAGAAGAGAUUGAGCAGAAGUGACUAGGGCCCCUUGUUUAUUAUUGUGGGUGCACAGUGGGUGGUCACAGGGGCUGUGGGCUCCUUAACUCUCAUGGAACUUGAUUGUUUUGUUUUUGGCUAAGGAACUUUUUCUACAAUUUCUUGGAUAGUUUCUGAUUUGGGCAGGAAAAUGUAAACUGUGCUAGUUUUCUUCUUGCCACAAGAGGGUGUGGCUGGGAGGCAUUUCUGUUUGAAGAAAGUUGGGUGGAGUUUUUUAAUUUUAAUUGAAGAGCUCUGACAUUCCUCAAAAUGCUAAUUAAACACCCUGUCCUUUCUUGUGAAUUCCAUUUGUUGCAUGUAAGAGAAGUUUGUAGUGCUUACCUAUGGGUUCACUCCAGGGGGUACUCUAUUAAAAAAAAAGUCAAGAAAAAUUUUUGAAUAAUUAGAGUCCCUAGUACUAAACAUUUCUGAUGUUUUUUAAUAGUGUUUAAAAAUUUGUUUUUUCAUUGUCCAAAACCAUCUAAAAAACUCAUAUAAUAUUAAAUAUUAACAUCCUGAAAUAUAUAUAGCUAUGACUGCCUACUGCCUAUUUUGGGAUAAGCAUUGACAUUCAUU